CUCCUUGCACACGGCUAACUCAAGACUUGCAGUUAGACGCAGCUGUGAGCUCCUACAGACCAGACAGCUCUGGAUGCCCAUUCAGGGCACUGAGAGGGAUUUUGGUCCAGAAUUUUCAAUGAAGUUGCAGCUUUCUCAGAUGCUUCCAUGAUUACAAUUGGGGAGAUGAAUAAACACUAUACUUCUCCUGGGCCAGAAGGAGCUCAAGCAAAGAGCCAAGCAGAGAAUGAAGACUCAGGAGCACCAAUGAACAUUUUCACAAAAGCACAGGAAUUCUUUCGAAUUUGUGAUGUGGAAGGGAAGGGAUUCAUAACUCGCCAUAAUAUGCAGAGACUUCAUAAAGAAUUAUCCCUUAGCCCAGAAGAACUGGAGAAAGUAUUUGAUACUCUGGAUGCAGAUGGCAAUGGUUCCCUAACUCUGGAGGAAUUUACCUUGGGGUUCAGCCAGUUUUUGUUUGAGCAAAACAUAUCAGUUUCUGAAAUCCAAGACAGUGGAACUGAAAACAUCUAUCAGUCCAAAUUGACAGGAAUCUGCAAGGAUUGUGGUGAGGACGAAGAUGAAGAUCAUCAGUUUUCAAAUCUUAUGGAGAAGCUUGGUGCUAACAAGGUCUUAGAAGAUGAGAAUGACAUGAAGAAACUGUGGUCAAAGUUGAGGAAAGAUGAGCCUUGUUUACUUUCCAGUUUUGAAGCUUUCCUAGCAAGAAUUUUCUCUCAGCUUCAAGAAGCAGACCACGAGAAGUAUGAACUGGAGUCUGCCCUGAAAAAGAAAAUUGCUGCCUAUGAUGAAGAGAUUAAGUAUCUGUAUGAGGAAAUGGAACAGCAGAUCAAAAACGAGAAAGAGAAAUUCCUUCUAAAAGACACUGAAAGAUUUCAGUCACGAAGUCAGGAUCUGGAGAAUAAACUUGCAGUGAAAGAGCAGGAAUUGGAACAACUGGCACAGAAGCAGAAAAGAGUAUGUAAACAUAAUGUGUUGGAGAGCCAGUGUCAAGAUCUGCACAAUGACAAGCAUGUGACCAAAAUGGAGAACACCAGGCUGAAGCUCACAAACCAAGAACUUCACAGAGAUGCGGAGAGCACAUCCCAGGAGCUGCUAAUUGCCCAGCAACAGCUGCAGAUGCUGCAGGACGAGGCAAAAAAACUCCAGGAGGAAAAGGAAAUAGAGGUUUACAGAGUGACAGAAGCUUUGCAGAGGGAGAAAUCGGGUCUUCUGAAGCAGCUUGAUUUCUUAAGGCCAGUACUCCCCCUUUUGGAUGCAUUACGUUAUAUGGCUCAGUGGCUGGCCCCCUACAUCUCCCAGACUGACCUGGCCACUGUGAUCCAUGCGACUGUCACCUCGAGAUUGGACUACUGUAACUCACUCUACGCAGGCCUUCCCUUGAGAUUGACCUGGAGAUUGAAACCGGUCCAGAAUGCGGUGGCUCGAUUGCUUAUGGGGGUCUCUUUUCAAGACCAUUUUACCCCCGAGAAGCAGCCAUGUUGCACCCCAGAUCGUUUAUUCAAGAUUGUUUUUGUGGGCAAUUCGAGUGUGGGAAAGACUUCCUUUUUAUGGAGGGUCUGUGACGAUCAUUUCUCUCCAGGCACGGUUGCUACUGUAGGUGUGGAUUACAGAGUCAAAACCAUAACAGUAGAUAGUAGUCAGGUGGCAUUGCAGCUCUGGGACACUGCUGGGCAAGAAAGGUAUCACAGCAUUGCCAAGCAGUUCUUCCGAAAAGCUGAUGGGAUCAUUGUGAUGUAUGACAUAACAGCAAGCAGCACAUUCACAGCUGUGAAGCAGUGGCUGGUGAGCAUAGAGGAGGCAAUAGGGGAGAACAUUCCUGUCCUUUUGCUUGGGAAUAAAAUAGAUAAUGAAAAAGAACGGGAAGUUCCCAAUGGAUUAGGAGACCGUCUAGCUAAGGAUUAUAAUUUAAUUUUCUAUGAAUGCAGCGCCUUGUCUGGUUACAACACCAGUGAGUGUGUACUUCAUUUAGCAAGGAUUCUAAAAGAACAAGAAGACAAAGUGAAAGAGAAGACUGUUCAGCUGCAUCAAGAUGUAAAGAAAAAGUCAUGCUGUUCUAGACAAUAGGGGACCUGUGUGUUCCCAUUUUUUCUCCUUGAAUAAGGAAACAUUAUUUCCCCUUUGCCUACCUUGUCACAUUUGUCUCAUGCUAAAGCAUAUUGGUUACAUAUUCAGGUUUUCAGUUGAUUGUUUAUUCUGGGGCUCAAGAGGUCUUAAACACUUUAUUCUUGUUUUCUCCUUGGAAAGAUAAAAAGUCCUUGAAUGAAGUUACGCGUACUAACAUUCCACAGAAGAGCCAGCCAGUUGUCCUCUUUCCAGUGGACAGCCCCUGACCACAAUGCCCCUCUAGCUGGGCAUCAGGACAAUUGUUGGCUGGCAGCUGCUCUUCCAGCUCCUCCCCCCUGCAAGAGGGGUGAUGCCAGCUAACAUGAGUUUCCUUACCCUUCAUGGGCUGUUGUUUCUGGAGGCUGAGAAAGAUGCAAUGUGAUGACAUCAUGGCACUUGUGUGGUCAGACUGGGAGAGAGAAGGGAUGCUGUUUAUGGCCCCAGAUAAGAAUUGGCAAUGAAGCCUAAUUGUAUCCUGAGAUCUUCCUGUCCCCUUGGCUACAUAAGAGCCAUUACUUCUUGAAACAGUUAAGGAGCUGUGGUAGGGUGAGACUGUAAUGCUCCUUUUGCAGAUCUUUUUCUUCAGAGUGCUCCUCUGCACUAACCCCCCCCCCCCCCCCCCGUGCCCACGGACGUGCCUGUGGAAGAAAUGAAAGGCUCUCCAUUCACAAAGCAUUCUGCUUCUCGCCUUCUCUUUCUCGCUCUACUAGAAGUGUGUGCGGUGUGCUCACGUGCUGAAGAUCUCUUUGCCCCUUUUAUUUAGGACAUAAAUUUUGUAUAGGACUGCCUGUAUAGGACUCUCCAGGUGAAGCCUGGAGAGUUGCUUCAGGAAGAGAAUUUGUUACAGCUAUCAAGGAAAAUGCAUUGAAGAAAAUCUGUGAAUUUGAUUCAUGGGGCACUAAUCACGUUGCCAGCUCUGGCCUGGGAAAUUCAGCCAGCUGUAGACUUUUCUUGGCAGAAAAGAUGAGAUCGUUGCAGUGUGCUGUCGAUGGGGCUGCCCUUCAGAACUUCAAUUGGUACAGAAUGUUGCAGCUGAGAUGUGGAUUGGAACAGGUUGUAAGGACCAGAUCAGUCCAGUUUUGACCCAUCUCUGUUAACUCCCCAUUUGUUUCCAGCCACCAUUCAAAGUGCUGGUGUUAAGCUUCAGAACCUGAAAUAGUUUGUGACUGACAUAUCUGAAAGACGGCCUGCCCCUUUAUGGACCUGUCCAACCCCUGUGUUCAUCUUUGGAAGCCCUGAUUCAGAUUCCCCCACUUCUGAAAUAUGGGAGGGGCAUCAACGUUCUAAAACUGUCUUUCCAGGGAGAUUUAUCUGUCCCUGUCUUUUGCUGUCUCCUGCCAGUUGAUGAAGAUUUUUUUGAUUCAUUUGACAUUAGCUCAGUGAUUCUGCCUUCCUAAUCAAUGUUUUAUUUGCUAUUACAUAUUUUAAAUUGGUUCUUAAAUGGUUUAAUGAUGUAUGUUUGGAGGGGGUUGGUUUUAAUGGUGAUAAAAUGUGAUUUUAUCAUGGACAUUGGUGGCUAUUAUGAGAGCAAAAAGAUGGUUUAUAAAUUUUGCAAAUAAAUAAAUACAAAAAUAAGGAGUUACAUUACGUAGUAUAAUACAACACAGACCAGUACACACAACUAAACUUUUUUAGUUGCAAACCUUUAAUUUUUUUUCUUACUAACCACAGCUGUACACUGAGACCCAGCAUGGUGUAGUGGUUAAGAGCAGGUGGAUUCUAAUCUGGAGAACCAGGUUUGAUUCCCCACUCCUCCACC